AUGAUGGAGAAUUCUGGCUAUGAGCGUGUCAGAAAUUAUGAUGAAUGUGAUGAAAAUGAAGAAAGGAUACAUCUCAAUCCAAUUAAUAGAACAAAGAAAGAUGCCAAAGAAAAUGGUGAUGUAGAGAUGGCUAAUUUGCAAGUCUCAGAAUCAAGACGUGGCAUUAUAUUUUCCAAUGCAAAAGAUAAUAAUAAUAAUACUAAUAAUAAAAAUGAUCGUCUUGUUUCACUAGAUAUUUUUCGAGGUCUUACCGUCACUCUUAUGAUAUUUGUGGAUCAUGCUGGUAGACUCUUUCCAGGGAUUAAUCAUUCGCCAUGGAAUGGUUUAACAUUAGCAGAUUUUGUCAUGCCAUUUUUCCUUUUUAUUGUUGGUGUCUCACUUGCACUCACAUACAAGAGAUUAUCUUCUGGAAUUAUUGCAACUAGAAAGGCAAUUAUACGAGCUCUUAAGCUUCUAUCAAUAGGUGUUUUUCUUCAAGGAGGUUUUAUUCAUGGUCUCAAUGAUUUAACAUAUGGAGUGGAUAUAAAACAAAUAAGAUGGAUGGGAAUACUACAGAGAAUUGCUAUAGCAUAUUUGGUUGCGGCAUUAUGUGAAAUUUGGUUGAAGUGUAAUGAUUCUGUUAAUUCAGUUUUGUCUCUAUUAAGGAAGUAUAGAUACCAGGGGGCUGUGGUGUUCUUUCUUAGCAUCUUUUAUCUUUGCUUACUUUAUGGGUUGUAUGUUCCUGAUUGGGAGUUUCAAAUUCCAAAUGUACCUCCAAAGACAUAUUUAGUCAAAUGUGGUGUAAGGGGUGACACAGGACCAGCUUGUAAUGCUGUUGGAAUGAUUGAUCGAACGAUUUUAGGUAUACAACAUUUGUACAAGAAACCAAUAUAUGCAAGAAAGCAUGAAUGUAGUAUUAAUUCUCCUAAUUAUGGACCAUUGCCUCCUAAUGCUCCUUCUUGGUGUCAAGCCCCUUUUGAUCCUGAAGGAUUUUUGAGUUCUCUGAUGGCUGUUGUAACCUGCUUUGUUGGCCUCCAUUAUGGGCAUAUUAUAAUUCAUUUUAAGGACCAUAGAGUGAGAAUUUUUCAGUGGAUGUCCCUAACUUGUUUUCUUGUAGUUUUGGGGCUAAUAUUGGACAUAAUUGGAAUGCACAUAAACAAACCUCUUUACACACUUAGUUAUAUGUGUGUGACUGCUGGAGCUGCUGGUAUCCUCUUAGCCGGAAUAUAUUAUAUGGUUGAUGUUUGUGGAUAUAGAUACAAGAUUAGGUUUCUAGAAUGGAUGGGUAAGAAUGCACUAAUGAUUUACAUAAUUGCCACUUGCAACCUCAUUCCUGUUGUGCUCCAAGGAUUUUAUUGGGGAGAACCUCGCAAUAACAUUCUCAAGUUGAUUGGAAUUGGACGUUGA